AUGAGAUACAGGCUACUUCUAUAUAGGAUUCGAAAGAAACCUUUUUAUGCAAUAGCCUUUGUCCUUGUUUGCUUGAUACUAACGUCUUUUUUUCAUUUUGAUUAUUUUUCAGUAUUUGAUUCAGAAGCUAUUUACCAGGGAUUGGAUUUUCAGAAUGCGCUAUCUAGAAUGAUAACACCUGCUGAAAUAUUCAGUUCUAAAGUCAAACAAAAAAGCAAUGGUGCUGAACUAAUUACUAGUUCUCUUUACAAAAAGCUUGCAAACACAGAACUAUCUCAACUUAACUGGAGGUUUAGCAACGCAUUUGAAAACAGUAAGAUAGAGGGUACCUCGAACUAUAUCAAUAUGUACAAAGAAAUGCGUCAAAAAAAACACAUUUAUGACCCAAGGAUAACGCUUUCUGUUUAUUUGGACAUGAUUAAAUCGCAGAUUAAGGAAAAUUCAUGUGAGAUUCCUUUUUCCUGGGAAGAUUGGGUUGACCUGUCCCCGUUAAAUGCCUUUUUAGAGGAAGGGACUGACGUAAACUGUUUACAGUUUUUAAGUUCUAAUUCAAUCAAUUUGGAUUAUGAUUAUAAGUCAAGUGAUUUGUCAUCCAAACACCUUAAAAUCUCACAUUGCUUGGACAAAUCUGAAUACCUUCUAACAGAAAAUGCGAAGUACAGAAACGAAAAAUUGUUACCAGGGUUUAAUUUUGAUCAGAGAAUCGAUGAAAAAUCUGAUUUCAUAGGUAAAGUCUACAAUGGUAAAUCAUAUUUACUCUCAUAUGCUCCAGUUCCAUCAUACAUUUAUUUUUGGGGUGAUAAUGGGAAAUAUUAUAGAGUUAAACCAUACCAAUCAACAUCAAUGAUGGGGAAUGGAAUGUUUGAGAGUUUCAUAGAAAGGUCUACCUAUGAUGGCUUUGAUCCAGUAUCCGUAAUGUCUUCAUUGAGUGAUGAAUACUUUAUCAAAAACGUAAACAGUUUUUCUGAGGUACUUAGUUCAUCAGGGGACUCGCUGCUAAAUAUCCAGGAGGAUAAGUUUAUUUUUGAUCCUCAAGUGCAGUACAAGGAUUUAUUCUCGAAGGCAGAUGAUAAACUAAGUGAACAAGAUAUUAAAUUUAAAAACUCUCUUCAAUAUUCAAUGGAUAUUGACCCCAAUAGUAUUGACAAACAUUUCAAGGAGGUUAACAUCAAGUUUCCCACAACUUAUAGAGGCCAUAAACUUACCGAAAAUGGUGGUCAUUACGAUGCCCGAUUUUUUUCCGGGUUUAUAACAGAAAUGCCUGAAUCGGAGGCUACUUUCCAUUCACCAGAGUAUAUUAUCAAAGGUAAAGAUGCUAAAAAAAACGAGGUUGACUCUCCAAUCAGCCGAAGGACUAUAAUUUUAUCCCAUUUGUUACACACAGUACUUACUGCUGCAUUUCACAAUGGUUUGUUAAUGUUUCCUGCUCAUGGGUCAUUGCUGGGAUGGUAUUUUACCUCUACUUCUUUCCCCUGGGAUUCUGAUGGGGAUGUACAAAUGCCCAUAUCUGACUUGGUAGAGUUCUGUCACCUAUUCAAUAAUUCUAUGAUAGUCCAAAAUCCCCGGUAUGGUACUGCAAAAGUCUUCAUUGAUUGUUCUAGCACACUAACACACAGAGGCAAAGAGAAUGGAAGUAAUAAUAUUGAUGCUAGAGUGGUUGACGUUGAUUCUGGGUUGUUUGUUGAUAUUACCGGGUUGAGUGUUUCUGGUGAAUCUUUGACAUCAGCAGAGCUAAAGAAGUUAAGAAGGUGGGUCCCGAAUGAACUGCUCGAUACUUACCCUACUAAUAAAAGGACUACAAGGAAGAAGAAUCACUGGAACCCCAAAGCUCCCAAGAACCUGCAUAAAGAGGAGAAACCUGAAGAGGUAAUUAUCGACAAAAUAGUUGAAGCUGAGAUUUUUGAGAUUCACAAGGAAAACCAUAUCUAUAAUUGCAGAAACAAACAUUUUUAUACUUUGCAGCAAUUAUCACCAUUAAGGUUGACUUUGUUUGAAGGUGCACCUACUUUUGUUGCAGCCAAUAAAGAGUCUCUCAGGGCACAACUCAUCACCGAAUAUUCAUCCAAGUCAGUUGAACGCGAUGCAUGGGAGCAAUAUGUUUUUUCCAAACCUCUUAGAAUGUGGCUCAAUGCUGAUGACAUAUAUCAGGCUUGCCAGUCAAUUCUAGACACAGAAAGCUCGAAUUUAUUUAGCAAGGGUAAAUUUAAGCCAAACAAUAUCAAGGGUUCUAGAGUACUGAAAGCUUAUCACAAGGAGGAAGCAAAUAUAAUCGCCACUAUGAUACAGAAUUCGGCAUACGAAAUUACCAAGGAUCCACCUCUCAAAAUUGAUGAGCCCAAGCCACUACGCCUUAAUUUGAUAGAGUAUUUAUAUUAUAGCAGGAACUACACUAGUAUACAUGCCAAAGAGAUGGAUAUGUAUUAUCCAGGAUGGGAAUGGAGCUAUCCAGGGGUGAACGAUUAUGCUAAUAUACCUUCAUCUAAGAAGGAUUUGUUAAAUUUUAUGCUGGAGGAUCAUCCCCCAGCUAAAAUGUCACUUUUUGAUUACCUCGUCUUCGCAGAGACAGAGGGUGAACUAGAUAUAUAA